AUGGCUUUUCAACUACCACACCACCACCUCUCAGCCUCAACUUCCAGCGGUCCCACAUGGCUAAGCAACGCAGUCCUCCGUAGAAACGAAGACGUUUUAACCCAAACCCGCAUCGAAAAAUCCGAAAACAACCCCAGCAAUGGAAGUGAAGAGGACUUGAUUGAUUCUGUGAGUGAUAAUUGGGAGAGAGCUAAAUGCAAAGCUGACAUAUUAGGGCAUCCUUUGUACGAACAGUUAUUGGCUGCACACGUGGCUUGUUUGAGGAUUGCCACGCCAGUUGACCAGUUGGCUAGGAUUGAUACACAGUUGGCUCAGUCUCAAGAUGUUGUAUCUAAGUAUUCUGGUGUUGGUAGUAGCCAUGUUGUUGAUGAGAAAGAACUUGAUCAGUUCAUGACGCAUUAUGUUCUGUUGCUUUGCUCCUUCAAAGACCAAUUGCAGCAACAUGUCCGUGUUCAUGCUAUGGAGGCAGUAAUGGCAUGCUGGGAACUUGAGCAAUCUCUACAAAGUUUGACAGGUGUAUCUCCUGGGGAAGGCACUGGUGCAACUAUGUCUGAUGAUGAUGAUGACCAAGCAGAUAGUGAUACCAACUUGUAUGAUGGAAAUCUUGAUGGGUUGGAUACCAUGGGAUUUGGUCCUCUAGUCCCUACUGAAACUGAGAGGUCCUUGAUGGAGCGUGUAAGGCAAGAAUUGAAGCAUGAGCUCAAACAGGAUUACAAAGAGAAGAUUGUGGACAUUAGAGAGGAAAUUCUACGUAAGAGAAGAGCAGGAAAACUUCCAGGUGAUACCACAUCCCUCCUGAAAGCUUGGUGGCAAACACAUUCCAAGUGGCCAUACCCAACUGAGGAAGACAAAGCCAGAUUGGUGCAGGAAACUGGGUUGCAGUUAAAGCAGAUAAAUAAUUGGUUCAUAAACCAAAGGAAAAGGAACUGGCACAGCAGCCCUUCAGGAUCUACUUCGAAGAGCAAACGAAAGAAGUAA